AUGGGAAGAAUUUCCCUUCUGGAAAGAAAAACCCGUGAGUCUGAAAAAUCUAUCCAUGAGGCCGAGGAAAUAGCCAGGGGAGCCCAGCUUGAAGCAGCUAAUUGGAAAGAACAGUUUGAGAAUGCUCAGGGGACCAUAGAGGAGUUGCAAGAAAGUAUAAAUCUCCUGGAGCAACAAAAGCGUGGUUUGACUUCUGAACUAGCAACUGCCAAGGUUUCUUCAAACCAGUUUAAAAGAGAUAAAGAGCUUUUGGAAUGCUCAUUGUCAGAACAAUUAUCAAAGGCUAGUGAAGAAACCUUCUCUGACGAGAUUCGAGCUUUGAAGAGUUCUCAUGCCUCCCUUGAAGCUUCCCUUGAUUCCCAUUUAGCUGAACAACAAAUAUUGAAGAAUGAUCUUGCUAUGUGGGAAAGGGAAUAUGGAGUUCUGGAGGAGAACUUCAACAUAGAGGUACGUUGGGCUUUCCUUAAAUCUCGCCGUGAUGCUUUGAUGGAAGCUGCUCAGGAAAGCUUUGAUUUGCAAUCUGAAUUAGCCAAAGUCUUAGACACUAUCGAGAAAAGUCAACAACCUAUUGAUACUCCUUCUCCUGCACUUGAAGCUCCUGGAACGGAAGAGCUUUUAAAUGAAGAAGUGGCUACUGCAGCAAUUGGGGUUGCAAUUCAGGCUCCCGAGGGUGAAACUUCUAUGACACAUUCCAUGGAAGCUGAAGCUCCUGUGACUCUUGCUUCCCUCGGUGAUUUCAACAUUCCAAGCCCAAUUAAAAUUGCUCCUGAAAAUGAAAUUGCAACUUCUGAU